ACACCCUAAAAUAUAAGAACAUUAACACGCAAACAAUGUCCUUUCUAAGAAGGCAACAGCUUAGCACAUUUUAUUUCUUUUUGAUGGGCUUGUCAGCCAACAUUAUUCCGAUGGUGGUGAUAUGGAUAGCAGUAGACGACAUUCUCGCUGGCACUCUUUGGUCAACGACUGUCUUACUCAUAGCCUUCUCGAUUCCUGAUAUCCUCGCCAAGGUAGUGAGCCCAGUGAUCAUCAAUAGGAUAACAUUCCAUUUAUCCUUUGCUCUUCUCACUAUAUUAAUGUUAGCAUCGAUACUGCUGUUAGUGUUAAUUGAUGAUGUGAGAGUGCGAAUUGCUGGAGUAACUGUACUUGGAUUGGCUAAUGGAUUCGCGGUAAUAACGAUUGUGACAACACUUUCAUACUUCGAGACAGCCGCUCUGCUUGCCAAUGCUUAUCAAAAUGGUAGACAGUGCUCACUAUUUUUGGCUUCGCUUGGCUAUACAGGACUGACCACUUGGUUUUGUGUGGCGCCUCGUAUUACCAUCGCAGUUUGCAUACCUAUUUGCUUCAUUCCACUUGGUAUAUACAUCCUCCUCGACAAAGAACCAUUGAAAGAUCACUUACAAGGGACAGCCAAACUUGUGCAGUACACAAAACUACCACAAGAAGAAUACUCCAAUGACAAACACGACACGACUGCUGAUAAACUUAUAAGCAAGACAUUUCUACUCCUCGUGAAAUCCUUUCCUCUCUUUAUUUACGGAUAUUUUUCGAGUUUCUGCAUUCAUUUUUCCAUGACAGCAGUUUUGACAACUCUUACUUUCCCCUCCUCGCCAUUUCUCCCCCGAGAUCACUUCCAGUACUACAGAAUGAUCAGUGAUGCGGGGAUUGUGAUUGGAGGACUGGGAAGUUUUAUCUUGGGCUGCACAGGUCAGAAAUGGAUGAACAAAUUCUUCGGGAUUCGUAAUACUGGACUUUUAGUUGUCAUCAAUGUCAUUCAUAUGUUAUUUUUCGUCGUGGCCUCGUGGCAUCGGUUCCUCCCUAAUGUCAUCCCCGUGUUCGUGCUAUGCUUCACCCAAGGUAUUGCAUUUGGAAUAGCUGCUGUUCAAUCCCUGAUUUGUGCAACCAAUCUGUUUUCAAGCCCAAAUGAUAAAGCUACUGCUUUAAGACUGCAAGAGGUUGGUGUUUCUGUUGGCCGAGUUGGCGCAGCAUUUUUAGGCGUUUUCACUGAAAAAUAUCUACGAGAGCACUGCACAUAUAACUUGUUACUAGGUGAGUAUUGCCUGGCAAGGAUUCCAUCUUCAGCUGGAUGGAGUACUAACCUAAUCUGUAACAAAUAGAACAAGGCUUGCAUUGAAUUAAAGGGGGCGCACGCAGGAAUAGAUGCUAGUGUAAACAACAACAACAACAAAUUAUACAAKUUGAUAGGAUAAUUAGAAGACCCUAGCAGACUAUUUUAUGGUCCGACACUUUCUUUUACAUGAAUCAAAGUUCAAGAGCUUCAAAACUGCAACAAGCAUAAUAUUAGCCUCAUUAUCUUGUUUACACAGACCACMCGUCGUCCUUAGCUACUAGGGACCUUAAGCUGCAGGACGGCAACGUGGGCGACAACGUCGGCGAAAUUGAAGCGCUUCAACCUUCUAUUGUAUUAUUAUUUCGUGUUUACCAAGUAYUUUACUCAAUAAGCAUCCCCGUUUUAGAGUGAAAUGUCAUCUUUUGGGAGCGCUUUACUUAUAACGAAAAUCAGCAAAGAAAAGCAUUUGGCGUAGCCGUUCUCUCCAGUACGUAAAAAUAGGACAUUUCACGUCUUACUUUCAGCAUAAGACGGCAAUGAUGCAUAGUAUUUCGUACAUUCCAACGAGUAUCUAUUGAAUAGGGCAAUUAGCGCUAUUGUAUGUUUGCCGUCGUCGUCGUCGUUGCCGUCCUGCAGCUWAAGGUCCCUACUAUAAUUAAUAAACACUCAGGGUCUUAAAAAAACUGAGGAGAAGGUGCUGCCUUUGUAAUUAUAUCUGCAAAUGGUUAGACCUUCAAGUCUUCUCGGACAAGGACUUUAAACCGUAGGCCCUGUCUCCUAACCCUUCCUAACCUACAGUAAAUGGAGGACAUAAAAGAACCACUGAGGACGUAAAAAGAAACCCUGGCAGUGACCACCCUCAGUUCCUCCACUUCACACUUACCAUCUCUAAUGCUCGUAAAUUGCACAAAAAGCAAUCCGUCAUUCACAACUUCAUGUAAAGCGCCUUUGAUUAUAUCCACAUAGAAAAGGGCGCUAUAUAAAUCAUAAUCAUCAUAAUCAUAAUUUAACCUUUUUCAAGCUGACAACGUUUUUUUUACAUUUGGGGCAUCUCAAUUUAUUUAACAACUAUUUAAUAACUAUUGGAUUAAAACUAUAUAAUAUACCAAUAAACCGUGUUAUCACUUUAUCAAACUAAAUACUUUCCAUUAUACCAUGUCACUCUCUCCUUUUAUAUAUGUCCAAUACACACAAAAUGAGACGGAUCGCCACGAAGAAUCGACGAUAGUAGUUAACAACCAAGAUUACUGGUAUUGAUCAGCAAGUGAUUCGCUUGUCUCUCAGGAGCUUUUGAAACCCUCGUGGCAAUAAAAAAUGUCACACAUUCCUCGCAUCGUAUUUCAAAUUCCAGCGAGAAUAUCUGGAAUUCAGUGUAUUCGUACUUUGACCCCCACAUCACACAUUCCAUUCCUUUCAUCCCCUAAAGUAUUUUCUCAUUCCCAAGACCACCCCUCCCCUUGCUACUAUGCUAUACGAGGUAGGGGGGGUUAAUUACUGACGAUCCGUCUAACCUGAUGUCAUUUUGUGAAAUACAACACGAAGUCCAUUUCAGCGAUUCACAACUAGAGUUGGUCUAGCAUUGGGCUUCCUGUGGUAUUGACGAACCGUCUAACCGGAGGUCAUUUCGUUAAUAUGCAAAUCAACAGGGAUGCACGUUAUCGUUUACAUUGGGUUUCCUGUGGUCAGUGAGGCCCCCUUUGAUAUCAUGACUGAUCGUGACGGAUUGUGACGUGUUUUCACAAAUAGUCAUGACCGUUGACGAUCUGUCUCACCGGAUGUCAUUUCGUCAAUAUGCAGCUCACGAUAUCCUCAUACUCUCCUUCUAUUAAGUCUCGUUCUAUAAAUCAAAUACACAAUAUACAUAUGGUUCGUUAUUAUGACAUGCCUCGUUCUAUAUGAAGUCAAAUACAGACUGAUCGAUCGUUAUUAUGACAUGCCUCGUUCUAUAUAAAGUCAAAUACAGACUGAUCGUUCGUUAUUAUGACAUGCGGCGUUCUUUAAGGCUUUUAUACAACUAUAGAGCAAUUUUACGUGACGUCACAGCGCCCAUUAUGGAGUACCAAAACAAUACAUUUUCUAUCCUCCGGGAAUUGAACUCUAUUWUUMUGCAAAUACUGUGCAGAAAGUUUCUAUUGUUUAUGGCUGCCUUCUCUCGUGAGUGAAAACGCUCUAUAGGUAUAUGCAAUAUUGUACAAACCAUUAGCUUACAUAUAUUUGUGAAUACUUUGUGGCAGGCUCGUGUAGACAUGUAUUGUUUUAAAUGUCUUGUAAAUGGUCUUGUAAGUACUAAAUAAAAUUGAA